UGGGAGUUGUAGUUCUUUGACCUAUCUCGGCCCCCUCCUGUUUCCGGUGCCGUCACGGGAUAGAGCAGUCGGUGACAGUCCCGAGGGCCCCCGCCCCGCGCCCAUGGCCGAUCCGGAUCCCUCUGACCCUGAGGAGACCCAGGCAGGGAAGGUGCAGGAGGCUCAGGACUCAGAUUCAGACACUGAGGCAGGAGCCACUGGCGGAGAAGCAGAGAUGGACUUCCUGCGGAAUUUCUUCUCCCAGACUCUGGGCCUGGGCACCCAGAAGGAGCGACUCCUGGACGAACUAACCCUGGAAGGAGUGAGCCGCUACAUGCAGAGCGAGCGCUGUCGCAGGGUCAUCUGUUUGGUGGGAGCUGGAAUCUCCACUUCCGCAGGCAUCCCUGACUUUCGGUCCCCAAACACGGGCCUCUAUGCCAACCUGGAGAAAUAUCGUCUUCCCUACCCGGAGGCCAUCUUUGAAAUCAGCUACUUCAAGAAACAUCCAGAGCCCUUCUUUGCUCUCGCCAAGGAACUCUAUCCUGGGCAGUUCAAGCCCACCAUCUGCCACUACUUCAUCCGCCUGCUGAAGGAAAAAGGACUGCUCCUGCGCUGCUACACACAGAACAUAGACACCCUGGAGCGAGUGGCUGGGCUGGAGCCCGAAGACCUGGUGGAGGCCCACGGCACCUUCUACACGUCCCACUGCAUCAGCUCAGGCUGCCGGCAGGAGUACUCACUAAGCUGGAUGAAAGAGAAGAUCUUCUCCGAGGUGACUCCCAAGUGUGAGAAAUGUCAGAGCGUGGUGAAGCCUGAUAUCGUGUUCUUCGGCGAGAACCUCCCAGCGCGUUUCUUCUCCUGCAUGCAGUCAGACUUCCUGAAGGUGGACCUCCUUAUCAUCAUGGGCACCUCCCUGCAGGUGCAGCCCUUCGCGUCCCUCAUCGGCAAGGCGCCCCUGUCGACCCCGCGCCUGCUCAUCAACAAGGAGAAGACUGGCCAGACUGACCCUUUCCUCGGGAUGAUGAUGGCCCUUGGAGGAGGCAUGGACUUUGACUCCAAGAAGGCCUACAGGGACGUGGCCUGGCUGGGCGACUGUGACCAGGGCUGCCUGGCCCUUGCCGACCUCCUUGGAUGGAAGAAGGAGCUGGAGGACCUUGUUCGGAAGGAGCAUGCCAGCAUAGAUGCCCAGUCGGGGUUGGGGGCCUCCAACCCCACUACUUCAGCUUCCCCCAGGAAUUCUCCACCACCUCCCACCAAGGAGGAGCCCAGGACCACUGAGGGAGAGAAACCCCAGUGACCACUGCGUCUCCCAGGACACCCAGCCUUGGGACAGCUGAGCCCCAACCAGCCCUGGCCCUCCUCUAACUUACAGCUCUUUUCUGGGGAGCUCAGAACAUUUCUUCAAUGUAUUAACGAUUCCCUCCCAAAACUGGUGUCCCAGCACCCCUGACCUCACCAAAUCUCUAACAUUCUUGGGGGCAGAGGCUUGGACAGCCUGUCUCUAACAGCCCACAGCCUCUAACCACCCCUAUGGCCAAGGAUCAGCCCCCCUAAUCUCUAACUGCUCAGGGGGCCACAGGUACCUCCAAACUGCUAACUGUCCCAGGACAAGAGCCCCAGGGCCCACACGCUCUCUACUGCUCCCAAGCGUCUGUGGCCAAGUAGAUAAAACCUAACCUACCCUGGGUGGGGGGUUGUGCCCUCCAUGCACCCAGUGGGGAGAUCCGAGCCUCAAGGCCUCACAGGCCUCUGCCUCCAACUCUGAAAGUGGGUGCUAGGCCCCUCUCUUGGGUUCCGCUUCCCAGGCAGGGGUGGGCAGAUGGUGUUGCUUAUUAGAGACGAAUUAAAAACAAAAAACAACUAA